UCUGAAUCGUUUCGAACAUGCCCCCUCAUAUGCGAUCGAACUAAAGAUGAUGCAUCUUGCAUUCUUUCUAAACAAUCCGAUUUCAUCCGACAAAUCUUUGUUAUGUUGAAAGAAAAAUCUCCGAUCGUUGUCGUUGCUGCGUUAAAGAUUUUGGCAGUUGUGGCCGGGAAAGGAAACAUCCCAAAGAAUAUCGAAUGCGGAGAGCUUGUAAAACGACUCAAGACCUUGAUAAAGCGUCGUGAUUUCUUUGUCACUCCGGCUGCGGUCGCUGCAUUAUGCGAGUUUUGCCGCAAGAGUCCAGAACUCCGUGCCGAGGCCAUAGGCCGCGAUAUCCUCGUCACAUUGAUCGACCUGUUUGAGUUCGAUAAGCAAGGUUUGAGCGGCGGACCACGCGGCUUGGUAUUGCUCGCUGAAUUUGAGGACAUACGCGACGCGCUCGCACAGGGUCCGCACAUCAGAAAACUAGUUGCGUUUUCGAGAGAUGACGCAGUUGAAAAGAGCAAGGAGGCGACUGAGGAGCUCAAGGAGCUAUCAGGAUACCCUGAACUCCGCAAACGAAUCAUUGCUGAAGGAGGCCUGGACAGCAUAGUCGAUAAUUUGGCUAAACCAGACCACGCGUUGUUUGCUGCGGAUGCGCUCUUGACUCUCAUGAAAUACGACGACGCCAAGGAACGGAUACUGAACACUACAGUGGACCUGCGUUUGCUGCAGAUGAUCGAUGAACGCAUAUUUGACGGAACAAUUCACCGGAAAGGCAUAGAUAUCCUUGCGGACAUAUUCAAGAAUGAUGAUCUUCGAUCCGUGAUGUUAAACCCAAUGAAUCCACCGUCUUUCGAUGACGGUUCUUGGAAUUUCGGAUGCAAGGAUGCACCCCAUCAGCGACUCAAGAAAGCGGCAAACUACGUCAUGGAGAAGACAUUCCGCAGACAAGUCAAAAACGCAAUGGAUGAUUCCGAUAGCCCUAAAUAUCCGACAAACUUCAUUGGGAUUUUGCGCAAGAUGAUCGAAACAUAUCCGCUCGACUCUGUUCAGAAUAGCGCUAUUAAUUACCUGCGCAUUAUUGCUGAUUACGAGGACGCACGUCAGGCGAUGGUUGACGCUGAAAUCAUAGGACCUCUUUUGUGGUGUCUCAAAGCCACGGAUGUGGACAUCGAGGCUCUCAAUGAUGUUUUAAGAAAGAUUGCGCCUGACGAAUCACUGCGUCGUGAAAUUACGAGGGAUGACAAGAUACUGGUUGAAAUGCUCAGCAGUCAUUAUCCUGGCGAGGUUCUCCGCAUGACUGCCGCAUUGGAAUCUUUGUCGUCUUAUGGAGAGAUACGGCAGAAAGUUCGGGAGAUGGACGAGUACCAACACCUGAAGAGGGAUCCCCUGUACUACUUAGAUCCGCAGCACCACCCUCACGAACGUGAUCAGUAUACCAUUGCAUCCCAGGCCAUCACAUCGAUCAUCAGGGUAUUUGACACAUGAUAGAACAAGUAUAUGUACAUGUGUGACGAUGCGGUCGAAGAGCAGGUAACCAAAACAUCGACGAUCGCGAAUGACGACGUCAUUACUGGGCUGUAGCAACGACGCUCUUCUACUAUUAGGUUACAUUUUGUUUAGCCGACUUAUUC